GUACCAAAUUAUGCCGCCAGAUGCUGCACUUGUGGAAUGCUAUAGAAACGCAAUAAAAAACAUUGCAUUGUUUUGCAUAAAUAAAAAAAUGCCGGCCCCUGCCUCGGAAGUAACUUCUCCGCCUGGCGAUGGCGACGAUAAUCUGGUGCUUUGCAUGGUAUGCGCUGCUCCCUUCCAGAGUAUGCAGGAUUGCCUCGCCCACGAGCUGCUGAAGCAUGCUAGCAAGCCCCAAAAGCAAUUGCGACAACGAUUGAACGCCAUCACCAAGAUAUUCACCAGCGCACAAACCCAAUCCGAGCGCACUGAGCUGCAGGAGGCUCUAGAAAAUUCCGAGUCUGGCGGGCACUUGCGCACUGUAAUAAAUUUCUUCGCUUGUGAUCUUCAAAAGAUGGAAACCUGCUUCGGGCAUGUUCGCAACUGCAUAGAGAAGGAGAUGAGGGGCAGGGUUAGGGUGUUCCCCUUCGGUUCAAUGGUUACUGGUUUAGCAUUGAAGGAGAGCGACAUCGAUUUGUAUCUGCAGUCGUACGGCGACCAGCCACCAUUGUCCUAUAAGCAGCUAUACAACAAGGUCUCACACUUCUUACGAAGAUCGAAAUGCUUUGUGGAUGUCUUUACCAUUCGUCAUGCCGCCGUGCCCAUCAUUAGAUGUAAGCAUGAGCUCACCGGACUGAACAUAGACAUAAAUAUGUCUAAUCCGAAUAGCACAUAUAACUCCGGAUUUGUGCGCGAACUAAUGUUUCGCGAUGAGCGGCUUCGCGAGCUGGGUCUGUUUUUGAAAAUCUGGGCCCGGAAACUAAAAUUGAUUGGCCAUGGCAGCAUGACAAGCUAUUGUUUAAUUUCCAUGAUCAUCGUUAACUUGCAAGUGAAUCGACUGUUGCCCUCCGUCAAGCAGCUCCAGUCGCUCUGUCCCCCGGUUAUUUGGUCGGGCGUUAACUAUGCCUACAGUUUGGACCUAAUGCCACCGAUUCCAGAACGGAUAACCACGCUGGAUCUAAUCAAAAAUUUUUUCGUAUACUACUGCACUGUGAACUUUGAGAAAAGUGUAUUGAGUCCGUUUUUGGGCGACUGUGUGGACAAGGAGACAACGCUGGGCACACCGGGAGGAUUUCCCGAGUACGACGAGCAACUGAAGCUAAUGCAUGAUGAGACAGGUGCGCCGCCAGAAGCUUUCAAGCUGGAUCGGGCCAUGUGCGUACAGGAUCCCUUCGAGUUGCAGCGCAACGUGGCCAAAACUGUGUCCAUUUCAAAUUUAUGUUUCCUCAGACAAUGCCUAGUUCUGGCAGCUCAAGCCUGUGGCGAUCAGCAACUAAGUUCGCAGCCAGAGAAGCUAUACGACUACCUAUUAUUUGGUCUGGCGGAUAGGUUAGUGGCCGACAAAAUAGUGGCGGAUAAAAGAACAGGGAGUGCUACACCGCGAAAGCAGCAAAAAAUAGAAAACGUCCGUGUGCAACCGCCGAUCGUCGGUGAGGCACAAGAAACAAAAGUCGAGGCAGGCGGUGUGUAUAAUGCACCGCCCAUAGUGCGAUCGCAUGUCAUCACGCCCACCACAAAUGAUCUCAAAUGCCUGCGCUCCGUUGUGCUGAGCAGCAACACGGAGGAGGCUCGGCCCAUAUACUACUACUGGUUGGUCUGCUAUGUGGAUACCAUUAAGGAUGUGCUAACGCAACUCUAUGCUUUGAAUGUCGAACUGAGAGAAUCGCAGGAGCCGCUUUACUACAAGUGGCUUAUCAGCAUCUCUUACGACACUUGGACAGGACGCUCUUUCCAACGUGGCGCCGGUCAAUCUUUCUUCGCCCACCAGUUGCAGCAGACGAUCGAGUUUACAAAGACCAGAAUGGGUAAUCCGCAAUACGCAGUCAAUUUGCGCGGCUAUUUCUCGCUGCAGGCCAGCGAGGAUUACAAGGAGCUGCGCCUGGAUGUGCAGCCCCUUCAAGGAGAUCUUCUCGGACUGCAGCGCAAUAGUCCGCUAACAAAGCUUUUCAAGGCGUUCAAGAAUCUGCUGGGCAACUAUAGUUUUAAAGAGAAGGCCAGUACCUGGAAGUUUUGCGCCAGAUCUGACCAAAUCUGACAACAUUACCAUGUCUAAUAUCGUUUACGUACAUACUUUUUAAUCAAUUCAAUGCCAAAUUGAAAGGACACCUUAAUUACUUCAUCUUUACAUACAUCAUUAUAUUUGAAUUUACAAUAUCACUAUAGGUUAAACAAAUACAUCAAAUUAUAAGUGUAACUAUUAGUAAUCUAAGGACUCAUCAUAUGUAAACUAGUUCUUGGCAAAAGUCUCUUGGAGCAGGGAGGAAUUAUUUACAGAGGUAACAACAAAGCUUAUCUAAGUAAUAUACAAGGAUGUCUCUUGAACUCCACGAGAAGAAUAAAGAAGCUAUAAUUAUGCGAACAGUGUUCACAAAUAAAACCUUCAAAGCGUAA